AUGCGGCAUGAGUCCGACCCACCCCAGGCCUCUUGUGGAGGCCCCCAACUUCAGGGAGGUCCGGGACUUUCCUCACUUCCUCCUCAAGAACAAAUCCCAUCCUCUCCGGGCACAGGGAAAGCAGCCAGAGUUUUCCCCCAUCAUCAAGGCGUAGGUGGUGCAUUUGUGUUGGAAAGGGUGUGUUACUACGUGCUGGCUUCCAGCAUAUAUAUAUACAUGAGCAUCUCAACCCACCGCAAGGCUCAGAAGGCUCUGAGCAGUGUCCAGAGGCAAACUGCUACCAUGGACAGGGCUGUCGACUUUCCCCUGCAAAGCAGCGCACUUUGGCCAGCCCGACACAGCUGCAAGAGGAAGAGUCAGGGGAAAAACUUCAGCUGCCUCCUAGCUUCCUGCCUGCUGGCUGUGUUCCUGCUGGCUUUGCCAGUUUUUUAUCUGCUGGGCAAACAUCUCAGAGAGUCCCAAACCUUCACGGGAGAGGGAAGUGCUGAAAGGACACCCAUAUUCCAGAAACAAAUUGGUACACCUCCUGCUCCAGAAUUGAAGCCCAGGGCCCACUUGACAGGGCUGGACCUAGAAAAAAUUAAAUGUGUGCCAGGAGAGUUCCCAACCGUCCAUUGGAAAUAUGACCAGAUACUGCAGUCUAAGAACACCAUGAAAUAUGAAAAUGGAUCUUUGGUGAUCCCACAGCAUGGGGACUACUUUGUCUAUGCUCAAGUCACUUUCCGAAAUCAUUCCACAGAGAGGAAGAACUGUGGCCCGGAAAUUAAAAUGGUUACCCAUGUAACACAGGUUAUCUUAAAACACCAAAGUGGUUACCCUGUUCCAAUUGAGCUACUGAGGAGGAGCAGUUCCAUUAUUAAGACACAGAACUGGAAUCAUGCCAUUUAUUUGGGGGCAAUUGCCAGCCUACAGAAAAAUGACAAACUGCUUGUUAAUGUCAGCAGCGAUGGACUACUGUAUAAUAGAGCCCAGGUGAACUUUUUUGGUGCUUUCUUAAUCUAG